UUUAUAUAUUGGUAGUAAUUUGUAAGUGAUGUUCUAAUUUCGUCGAAUUAUUGAUUGAGGAAUUAUAUGAUUAAAUAUGGAUCAAUUUCAUAAUAUACGAGCAUUUAUUUCUGCUGCUUCAGAGUAUUUAAAGCAUCCAAGUGAAACAACAGCUUCUGUUGUACAAAGAAAUCUUGGGGCAAUAAGUAAUUCUACAGAUCCCAAUUUGUUCGAUCCUUGUUCUAGUGUAUUAACAAUGUUUUAUGUGAGUUUACAUGAAAUAAUAAAUUCACUAGAUUCUGGCUCAAGUUUAAUUUGGACUGCUGUAGAUGUUCUACAAACUACAUGUAAAAAUAGAGCUGCUCGAUAUGCACUUAUACAUACAUAUAAAUUUGCACCAAUUUUAACAAAACUUUUGGAGGCAAAUUUAACAUCUGAAAAACGAAUAAGAGCUCUAAAGCUUUUGCAAGAAUUAACAUAUGGAAUUAAAAUGUCGUGGCAAGAAGCUCAUUUGCCAUAUUUAAUAACAAAAUUAUCUCAAUGGGUAAUUCAGUCUAGCGAAGAAGAAGUCAUUACACUUUCUUUGGGUGUACUGGUAAAUUUGUGUUAUAAAAAUUUGCCCGCUGUAUAUGUGUUAAUGCGUACUGUCAAUACUAAAACAUUUCUACAAUGUGUUAUAAAAACAAGAGGACAGAAUGUUAAUAUAAGAGUGCCGUGUUGUAAACUGUUAUUAAUAUUAGAGCAUUCGAAUAGUGAUAUCUUGGAUUCAUAUAUUUUAGAUGUUGCUGCUUUUACUUUUAUCAAUAUCAUUCCAACAUUAGUAGACGAAGAUGUUCUUUUAUUACGACAUAUUGUUGAUUUCUUUGAUGAUAUUAGACAAAACGAUCGUUUUAGAACAGUUCUUCUGACAUAUCCCAACUAUUUCAAAGAUGUGACAAAUAUUUUGGAAACUUUCAAAGAUAUUUCCAAUCAAGAAUGUGCAAGUCUUAUUAUGGAAUUUUUACUUUCGUUACUAAAAUUAAAAGUUCCAGAUUUGGUGCAUCUAUAUUCAUUAAUAGUUAAUACUGCUGUCACAUGGAUUUCUAUUGAAUACGUUGGUUCAAAAGCAUUAUCUUUGAUUAAAUAUAUUGUAAUUGAUUCUCGCAGAAUAAGAAAUAAUACAAAAGUAAUAGAAAAAUUAGAUCUUUCGGUAUUAACGCAUUUGAUUAAAGAUGAUGAUGAAAGUUGUGAAAAAAGCACUAUAGUUAUAAAGAAUAAUUUAUCAGAAUUAAUGCAACUUUUUCAAGAAUUGAUUAAAACACCUGCUAGAACAAAAGUCCUAGAAAUAUUUUCAGUUUUAAAAAUGCGUUUUUUAAUGAGAUCUAUACUCACAGAUAAUAAUGAACAAGAUAAACCACGAAAUCUUUUUCAUGAUUCAUCAACAGAUUUUUAUAUUCAUGCAUUAGCUCUUAUAGCAGAUUUAGCAACUAAUAACACACUUUGGUUAACACUGUAUACAGAACUAUUACAAAGGAAACAGAUGCAAAUAAUAAUGGCUAUAGCUUUAUUUACUGGUGACAGUGAUGUUAAGCAAAAAGUCCUGCAGUUAACUUCUACAGUCGGAUUUCCACAGGAAUGUAUUUCUGCAGUUGCUAAAUGUAUGGCGGAGUUACAGCCUCUGGUGGUGAUACAAGAAAAAAUAAAUAUUUCAAAAGAUUCUGAAAAUUUAAUUAAUAUUCAUCUAUACGAUUCGUUACCAUUGUUUUCAAUGGCUCAAGAAAAUAGACUUGACACACUUAUUUCAAAACUUGAAAAUGCAUUCGAAAAAAAUAAUUUAUCGAAUAUAACUACAUCAGCAAUUAUGGAACUUUAUGAGUAUAAGAUGGCAACAAUGAAACAUGCUGAAAGAACUAUGCAAGCCAGUUUAGAAGCAGCCAGUAAUAAUGCUACAAGUCUUCAACAUAGAUUAGCACAGCUUAUUACACAGUCGAGUCAAUUGCAUCAAGUUUUAUUUAAUACUCAACAAUGUUUAGAAGGGACACAGAUUGAAAAACAUUCAUUAAUGAAUAAGCUUAAAGAAACAGAAGAGAAAACCAAAACUACUCAUUCUGUUCAAGUACAAGAAAUUGCCGGAUUAAAAAAUAUUGUAUUUGAAAAGAAUAAUCAAAUAAAUAUAUAUAGUACUAGAAUAAAAGAUUUAGAAAAUCAAAAUGACAAAAUUCCGAUAUUGAUAAAUAAAACUAAAGAUUUGGAAGAUAACAUAGAUUUGUUAAAUAGUAAAUUAAUAGAAACCUUAAAUAAAAAUCAAGAGAUGAGCAAAUUACUUCAAAAUAUGCAAGAGAAUAUAAGUAGAAAAGAACAGAUUAUUGAAGAAAAAAAUAGAGAAAUCGCUGCGAAUGAUAAAGAUAUGGCUGCUUUAAACCAAGAAAUUAAGCAACAAGCUCAACAAUGCCAUAGUUACGAAAUGACUAUUGCUAAAAAAGAAGAAAUUGUACAAAAAUUAUCAAACGAAUUGCAUAAUUUAAGCAGAAUGCGAGAUAUGAUCUUUGAGUUGACGGCAAAAAAAAGAGAUGAUCUUUAAUAUGCGAAUUACAAUGACGUUUAAUGUACCUUAUAUUGAACUUUUAUUUACCUGAAUCUGAAAAAAUAUAAUUUAUAAAAUAUGAAAAUAUGUAAAUAUAUUUGUUUUAUAAUUCUG